CAAAUGUAUGGAGUAUCCCCACUAACUUUCUUAUAUCUUUUCAGCAUCAUGCAUGUGUGGCUGUGUAUCUAAAAGAUUUGCAGAUAUGCUGCAUGCUAUUAGACCCCGUCUUGGAGGUCAUUCAUCGCCAUCCAGUGUCACUCUCCGUGUAAGUUUCUCUCAAAUCUCAUUCUCUGAUGACAUGGAACGAGUGAUACUUGUCAAUAGGCUGAUCCAAAAUGUUUGUCAUGGAAUGAGUGAUGCAAGGUUGAAACUCUAAUAAGUGAACAUUUUGGUAUGCCUUUGCUUGUGUUAUAUAUUGAUAGUAAGCUGUUAAGAUUCAUAUUGCUGAUAAUAAUAAUCUAAUUUAGAGGUGUUACAUUUGCUUGGCUGAAUAUGAGGAAGGGGAUAAAAUACUUGUUCUCCCCUUGCCACCAUGACUAUCAUAUGUCGUGUUGGUAAAUGGUUUAAAGAGAUACAUGGGUAUUGUUGCUCUCCCCUAGUGUCUUUUCUUUUUCCCUGUUUUCAACCUUGUAUGAACUCUUUCUUCCUUGGGUUUUUCAGGGUUUGUCCGCUUUGUGGAGGAGAUGUUCGUCAGGUUGCUAGUGAGCCUUCAGUCUCAAGCCCAGAGAUUCCUUUCCUUUGAUAUCAACUGUACAUAUGGAUGUAUAUGUAUGUAGUAAUGGCCUUCUUCUGCCUACAGAAACGAAUGCCCAGAGUGAUCUGACU